AUGAAGCUGUUUAAGAUUACGAUGUUAAUAUUUCCUUUAAUGAUCAAAGACUCGAUGUCGGAAUAUAUCAACAAACUUCACACAAGGCCGCAACGUGUCCGAUUCUACCCGAAAAACUCGAUAUUCCGGAAAUCGGACUUAAUUGACAAAGGUUGCACUGUUUUCCUCAACGAUUGUCCGGCUUCAUACAAAACCCAGCUCGUCUGUGCACGUGACUACGACGGAUAUUACAAAACAUUCAUGAACUAUUGCCAAAUGGAGUACGAGAACUGCAAUAGUUGGAGGAAAUGGAGCAUGGCUAAACAAGAAAGAUGC